GCAACGUGCUCCAACCACCAACGUUUAACGUUUAACCACCAUCAUAAUACCGUACGAUGACCAUAACCAGAGACAACUUGCUUCACGCUGCCAAAUCCUUAUGCAUUGAUUUCGCAUCCAAGAAAGAUCCGGACGCUCUCAUGACGCAUUUCUCUACGACACACCAGUGCUCAGCAUAUGAGCAUGGUUUAUCUAUUCUUGCUCCAUUUCUAGGUCGUCGCUUCGUCGGACAUGACGGAGUACGAGAUUACUUCAAAACCAUAGCCUCAACUUUGAGUUUUGAGAGAAUGGAGUUUUCAGAGUAUAUCGUCGAUCCAGAAGUCCAGAAAGUUUCGGUGAAGGGCCGAGCAAGAUUCACCUGGUUGAGCUCAGAGCAGAGCUGGGACGAGAUAUUUACAUAUGUGCUGGACUUUGACGACGAAUGCAAGGUUACAGAUUAUCAGGUUUGGGCAGAUACAGGCGCUGCAUACCUUGCCAGCAGUGGUCAGCUGGGCACGAGCUAGGAUUGCAACCAAGCGCCGUGCAUGGGCGGCGGACUGCGUACAUUGGAAUUUGGGCAAAACCUAGCUACACCUUUCUCGCCUUGUGCCACUUCUUCAGAAUCAAUAUACAGUUCAAGUUUCGACCUAGCAAGUACUAUCCGGUCACAAGUCUAAACAGCUGCCAAGAAACCCCUUUAGAGGGCAGA